AUGUCUUCUCCGGAUUCAAGUCGGGCUGGGUCAACGGCAUCUGUGCCUCCCAUUGACGACAAUGGCCUUUCACGAGUGUAUAUUAUCACCAACCCGCUCUUCCGCAGGCACUACGAUAUCAACUCGGCAGAUGACAAACCUCUGUUUUACGCCGAAAUAUCUAUGUUCACCCCCAACAAGCCUGACCUAAUCCUCCACGCUGGUACCAGCAGCAAGGCCCCAAUUGUGGCCGUCUGUAAAUUUCUGAAGUCGAGUGGUGAUUACAAAAUAGGUAUUGGGAACCCUGAGGAUAUGAUCAACGUCCAGUGGGAGGAUAUGACCAAGGAACUCCUUCGCAAACCAAAAUACCGCUUCGAAAUGACAGUUCAAUGCGCAUCUGAUCAAACUCAGAGCGAGAGGCGGUCAUUCCUGUGGAAGCGAACACGCACCAUUGGCGUUGAAAAUGAAGCACCGUCUAAAUGGACUGGCCGGAACUAUAAGCUCGUGGAUGAGCGCACCGAGCAGGUUCUGGCCGUGUUUUCAGGUGCAAAAAGACCGGGCAGAGUUGGGAAACUUCAAAUCAGAGUGGAAUACGGAGAGGACUUUGAUCGAAUGGUGUUGGUUUCUUGUCUAACUCUGUGUGAGAAGGCGAGGCGGCGCAAACAGCGUUCAUCCGGUGGUGGCGGAGGCUGA